GCUAGUACCGCGGCAAACAUCGUGCAACGCACACGUAUUACAGUAAAUAUACAUAUAUAGAAAUUGCUCAGUUACCUCUUAACCAUCACAUAGACUAAACCGAAUACGUGAACUAAAAAGACUAUUUACUAAACCCUAUAAAAAGUAAAUCAAGUUUAAAAAAAAUAUCGUAAAGAAAAAAAAGCAAACGACAUAAAACGUAACCAUACACGUACCUUACUCAUCAAAAUUUCCCUAGACGUAAACUGUUGCGUUUCAAAAACGGAAAUGUUUGGAAUUUUUGAGAUGUGCCGGAAGCAAGUUGCCGCUAUCAUUCUGCCGCUUGUGUUGGCAUCUCUGACGGGAUACUCCUCGGAAGCACUUAGCACAUUCGGAGUAUCGAACACCAAGGCGCCGUCAGCGGCCCCCACGCCACCUCCCGCCCGACCAUGUUCACGGCAGGCGGAGUGCGCGGGGAUCAGCAGCAGUUCUUGCGUGCGCACCCACUACGAUCCGGUCACCAGAUGCCUCUGUGGGGACAACCAGCCCCCUGUCAAUGGACAGUGUGACUCGCAGACUAAAGCCCUGUACCACGUGUGUGCGAACAGCGACGAGUGCAACGACGGCCUGAUCUGCGGCACCCCCAACAUCACCGGCACCACGCCCCUCCACCUGCGGGUGCACCCCCCCUCCGAGAAGAUCUGUCUAUGCGAUGCCGACUCCGGGUUCACAGAGAAGGAGCAUGCUUGUAACGAUGCUGACAUCCUCAAGACAUCUUUGAUAGCGAUCUUCGUGGUCUCCUGCAUGAGGAAGAUCUUAGCUAAUUAAUUAAUUAUUUAUUAAUAAUAAUUUAAUUUAAUCACAAACUACUCAUUAAAAUAACAUGGUUUGGUGACAUUUCACGUUUUUUAAACACAUUGGAAAACCCGAAAUUUGAAUAAUGGGUUGUCAUAAUGGAAACCGAUUCUGGAAUGUCCAUUCUGACAUUGGAAUUCUGGGUAAAAUUGGAAAAUCCGCCGCGGUAUGCUGUUUUUUAAAUUCCGUAUUUUCCAAUUGUAGAAUUUAUUUAUAGGAUUAUUAUUAUAAUAAAUCACGGGUUUUUUAGAUGUAAUUUAAAAUAAAAUAAAAAAGAGAUAUAUGUGAAAUUAAAUUUUACAAUAAAAUAGUAAAAAUGCUAAAUUAUGAUUGUUAAUAAUGUUUGCGAUAUUAUUCAUUAAAAUUUAUUUACACUCGAAAAAUUCAGUACAAAGAUUACACACUAACUUUAAUAGCUUUUAAAUAAAAAAAUAAAUUUAAAAAGUCGCUUAGAUUUUAAAUCAACAAAGUAUAAAAAAACGUCCAUUAAAAUAUAAGAUUAAUGUAUAAUAAAAUAGGUUUAAUAAUAACAAAAUAUAUAAAUUAAGAUUCAUUUUAAAAAUACUUUACAUAACAAUGCUUUUGUCAUCAUUAAUUUGAAUGGGGCUACUGUUUCUUGUUUUGCUCAACAGAUGGUGCAGAGUACAAAUAGUCCAAUCACUGCUAAGUUAAUAAGAAUAAGAAUAUAUUUUUUUUAGUGUUGAUAAAUCUUCGUUUGGUUACCAACCCGCUUACUAUCAGAACGGCAAAGCGAAGAUGUGGCCGAAGAUGGAGCACACAGACUUAGAAAGUACCUAUUCACUCUGACCUUGAAAAUUAUUGCAUAUUUCAAUAAAUCCUUAAUUAGGCACUUAUGAAACGUCAAAUUAAAUUGUCGUGAAGCUAGGUGCUCGUUCCAAAGUGUAGCUUCGAAUAGAGAAGAACGAGCAAGAAAACUGCAGCUGAUUCCCUAUUGAAUAAAGAACGAGAUAUUCACACUACCGCCAUCUGUUGAAUAAUAAAAACAGUAGCUCGCAUUAAAUUACUCAUUACAUACUUACAUGAUAUAACAAUAUUAAUUAAAAUAUGUCUAACUAAAUCUCAUUAAGUUAUUACUAAAUUAUAAUACAUAUAUGUAUAAGGUGUUCUAAAAGUAUCCGCCACGGCUUUAAUGGAAGGUAGUGUUGUGUUUGAAGAUUACAAUAGUGAAGAAAUUUCGUACCGCGGACCAGUUAAUUCAAUUUGAGAACAAAAAGAAGUUAAACAAACAUUGACUCUACUCUGCAUAAAGUGGUUCAAAUACGCACUAUUCGCAAUCGGUAGCAAUUGUUAUCAUUGACGAAGUGUCAGAGACAGUGAAAGAGAUAGCACUUUCAUAAGAAACGCACCCGCACAUUCUUUUUGUAUGAAAAAAGAACUCAUAAUCAAUAAUUUAUAUUUACUAUUGUAAUCUUCAAACACAAUACUUCCUCCCAUUAAAGCCGUGGCAGAUACUUUGAGAACACCUUAUAUUUAAAAUACAUAAUAAAAUAGAUCGAAAUACACACUUAGAAUAAUGUGUUUGUUUCACAGUUAACACAAUCAUGCAUUUCAUUUUAAAAGUAGAAAAUUUGUAUAAUUUUUAAGGAAUCGUAUUUGAAAAUUGUAGAUGCAUUUUUAGAAUACUAACUAUUAAGUAAAAGUUUGCGAAUUAAUAAAGUGUUUAAAAUAUAA